GCCUUGGAGGGCUCAGGCUGAGAUUCUGCAGCCUAGUCACCCCAGGGACUGCUGGUGUGAUCUCACAGGUUACCCUACUUCUGGGCUUGCCAAGGGGGGAGACAGGACCAUGAUGUUGGUGCAGGGGUCACAGCAGGUCGAUAGUGGCGGAAACAGGAGUGGGUGCCACUCGCCCCGAGCUCUCAGCGCAGAGCUAAACAAAGUAUAAUACACUGAUUUGUAAAUAAAUAAAUUAAUUGAAUGCCCAUAACCAGCAUCAGUGUUAAUGAUAAGAUUUUAGAUGCCCUAAAAUUAAAAUCAAAGUGUAUUAACUCGGUUUUUAAAAAGUAACAACGAAGGUAAUUAUACAAGAAAAAGUAAUACUACAGUAUCAUUUGCAACCAAGUCUAUGUUAAACCUGAAAACAAAAUAUAACCAAAAGAAAAUGAAACACUAUUUUUAAAGAAAUACUAUAUGUAAAUUGAAUGGGUUAAAAUUAAUUUAUUAAAAUGUAUUUAUUCCUUCAUACACAAUAAAAACUAUAGAAAAGAGGGUGAAAGGGAAAACUGUGGUUUAGAAUCUAACACAAAAUCAUAGAUUCUCAGGAAUAAACUUGGCAGGAAGUGUGUGCUCCGCAUGAAGACAGUCUUGCUGUCCCAUAGGACUUCAGAUGGUCUGAUAGUUUACACUGUGUGCAGAGAUGUCCUGGUUGCUCCCCAGCCAGAUGUUCUGGUUGCUCCCCAGCCUCAGCUGCUGUCUUCUUAUCUUCCCUCCGGCUUUACUGAGGUAUAAUUGACAAGUAAAAUCGUACACACGUGUUGGCUGUAUACAAUGCAAUGAUUUGAUGUAUGUCCAUGUAUUUUGUGAUUGUCACCAUGGGGUUAAUUAACUCACCCAUCACCUCACAUAGUUACCUUAUUUGUGGUGUGAGAACACUUAAGAUCUGCUGUCUUAGCCAAUUUCAAGUUCACACUAUAGUAUUAUAACAGCAGUCACCAUGCUGCGUCACACUCAUCUCUCGUCUUUUUGAUAUUCCCCAUCCAAAGAAGCUUUUUGUAAACCAAAAAUAAUUCUUGGUAUUCAGAAAAGCAAUGUAUUAGUAUUUUAUAUCUAAAGACUAUUUUAAUGGGUGCUUUGUGCGUUUCAUAUAUGACGUAAGCAAUUGACGAGCUUUGGGUUUGAUGCAUACUGGAUUAUCUUUGUUUUCCAUAUUCAAAUGAGGAAAUCGGUCCCUGUUAGUACUCUGACACAGAAGGUUUGUAUUUUUUGGAAUAGAUUACUGAUAUUAAGCAGGACUGAACCACAUUGUGUUGUAUGUUAAGCACUUUAGACACCGCCCAGUGAAGACCCUGGAAGAAUUCAAAACAAGGUUAUAACAGUGUGUGACAGAAGUGGUGUUCACCAUGUCCACGGCUCCCUGCCUGUGCCGCCCCUGAUAGGGAGGCCAGGGCCUCGUGGUUAUUCUGUGAUUAUUCCUCAUCCGUGGCUGGGGACAGAGAACAACAAGGUCACUCCUAGUCUGGGAAUUCAGAGGCAAUCUAAGUGUCAUAGGCUCUCUCCCCUGCUGUGGUGAUUGUCAUGUAAACAAGGAAAAAGAGUUUUUGAAGGAUUUCAACUUUAAGCCUUUGAAUUGAUCGUCCUGAACGUGGACACUCCAGAUUAUUAUUGUGGACAAUACCUAGAUUGUUGUCCCCGGGAGGUGUGUUCCCUGAACUGCCAGCGCUGGACAGGGAAGACAAGCAGAGUGCUAGGGAAGCCACAGUGGGUUAUUUCACAGCGUUGGGAUGGUUUGUGACUGUUACUGUCCCUCUGACUUGGACAGCACAGCUUUGCUCAGGUGGCUCCUCUGUCCCCGUCUCCCUCUGCAUGGCCCUUGUCAGAGGUGUCCCCUGACCUGUGCACUCGCCUUCCCCAGUGACUGCCUGUAGAACAGUCAGUGACACCAGGUAAGUGAGACCGAAUUCCCUCUCAGAGCGCCAUGCAUUUAGGCACGCUUGUGACUGAGGACACAGCCCCAGAGGGAAGGAAUCGAGUGAACCAGCCUCCCUGGGUCCCUGCCUUUCUUGCCUGUCCUGUCGAAAUUAUUUUCUCUUUUGACGAGAAAAGACAGCUGGGCCACAUGAUAGCAAAUAACUCCUGGUGACAUUUUCCAUUGGAACUGUUCACUUGCUUAUGUGGCCAAAGUGAGAACUGUGGACAGACACACGCUGGGGCCCUUUUGCAGCGGGGACACUCUGAGGAGAGGACAGAGAGGAAAACAGAGGCUGGUGUUGGUUUUACUUUCUUUUACUCUUGGAGCUGAAUGGGCACGCCGCAGGUUCCAACAGGGAGCCAUCUGCGUGUUCUCUCAGUACAUCAGGAGCCGCAAUGGACCAAAAUGCAUACAGUCUCUCGGGAAAGAAGGUGACUUCAGGACCACAUAUGAAGAGCCAACCCACCAGAGGAUCAGAGCUGAGAAUCAUCCUCGUGGGCAAAACAGGAACUGGUAAAAGUGCCACCGGGAACAGCAUCCUGGGAAAGCAAGCGUUUGAGUCCCAGCUGUGUGCCCAGACCCUCACCAAGACCUGCAGUGAAAGUCGGGGAAGCUGGGGCGAGAGAGAGGUGGUCAUUAUUGACACGCCAGAUGUGUUUUCUGGGAAGGACCACUCCGAUCCUCUGUACACAGAGGUGCAGAGGUGCUACCUGCUCUCCGCCCCAGGACCCCAUGUGCUGCUCCUGGUGACGCAGCUGGGCCGGUUCACCGCCCAGGACCAGCAGGCCGCACAGAGGGUGAAGGAGAUCUUUGGAGAGGAUGCCAUGAGACACACAAUCGUCCUCUUUACCCACAAGGAAGACCUCGAUGGAGGCUCCUUGAUGGAUUACAUUCGUGACUCAGAUAAUAAAGCCCUAGGCAAGCUGGUGGCAGCGUGUGGUGGGCGAGCGUGUGCCUUUAAUAACCGAGCGGAAGGGAGUGCUCGGGUCCACCAAGUGGAGGAGCUCAUGGACUUGAUUGAGGGCCUGGGAGUGGAGAAAAGGGGUGAGCACUAUACCAAUGAGCUGUACAGCCUCGUGACAAGGUUAGAAUGUGGACCUGAGCAGUCAGAGAGAAGGUUAAAGGAUUUCAAAGAGAGUCUUAUAAAGCACAUGGAAAUUCAGAGACAUCGCACUAUGAUGGCCAAAGAAAAUUACCUAAAAGGAGCCCUAAUCAAAAUACUAGUGUGUAUUCAGUCAUUUGUCAAAUUGCUAAUUCUAUUAUUUUGUGUAUUGCCCAGAUUAUGCUAUUUUUUUUACUGCUUACUCUGUAGUACGUGCAACUUGUUAUGUAGCUUAUUGUUGACUAGCCUCAGAAAAGUAAUUCCUGGGAAGAUGAUUGGUGUGGAACGCAAGACUCCGAGAUGAUCGCUGUACGUAAGGAAGUAUGCAUCACAGUGAUGCAGUGGGUGGAUCACAGGGCCCUCCUCUGAAAGUGCUGUGCCUGACAUCAGCAAACAUUUGAGAUUCUGCGAAGUGUUUAAAUGUUAACAUCACUCACUUUACUAAUGAACCAAGUUAUUUUAAAAGUUAUUGUUUUGAAAUGUAAUAGCAAAACCUUUGAAAAGCUGUAAACAUAAAAUUUCUUCCUUUUGCAAGUGCCCAUUUUCUGUUCCUGGAAACUCCUUUUCUUCUUUAAAGUACUAUGAUUUCUACUGAGUAUAAUGAAGAUAAUAAAAAUGCUACUGAAUAUAAUAAAAUAACAAUAAUAAGUACGUUCCUGAGUUCAUGUCUUUAAUUCUGUUCAUUCAACAGUCAUUAUGAACUGUGCAUUGUACACUGGCCCCAGGUGUGUGCCCUGGGUAUGAGGGGAAUGGGCGAACUCAAGAUUGAACAGACAACCCCACAGGGGUCUCUGAGGUGUGCAUUUCAGCUGAGUCUCUGCCCCAGCCCAGCUGGGCGCUAUGACUUCUUUGACUACUGUGCCUCCCUUCCCAGACUGUAAAAUGAGAUCAAACCUACGCUGGUCUCCACAGAAGAGGAUGCAGAGGGCACCAGACCAUGCACUA